UCAGUGAUCAGUGUGUGCGUAGCUCUCUGUGGUUUCCGCUCCUGUGUGUAUAAAAGUGAGUGAGCAGUGCUGAGAGCUCAGUCUGAGGAGAGACUGCAGGAGAAUGAAGAACAACAGAACAGACAAGAACACACACAGCACAGAUGUUGUGAGGAUGAAGAGGAGGAAGGCUCUGCAGCUGGUUUCGGGCAUGCUCAGUCUGUCCCUGCUCAUCGUUGCUCUGGGUAUCUACACCAGCACUCGCACCGAGAGCCUGAGCAUCACCGGAUACGCUUCAGGAGCUAUCCUGGCGUUCGGCUCCUUCUUGGGCAUGCUGGGACUGUGCUUGGAGGAAAACCGUAAACAGCUGCUGAUUGCAGCUAUAGUGUUCCUGAGUGUGGGGAUCCUGACCAGCUUCCUGUGUCUGGUGGUGGACGGCGUCUUCAUCCUGCUUAACAUUGAUAUGCGUCCAAUGAAGGCUGGAAGAUGCCAGUUCUACACCAGCGGGAACAGCUACAUGUACGAGAACUACUACGCCUCGGUUCCGUGUCAGGGCCUGACCGAGUCCUGCAGCCUGAAGGUUCGUAGUGGAACCUGUUACUGCUGCGACCUGUACGACUGCGCAAAUGGGGGAUACCUGAAUAACUACUACGAGUUUGUGGGGGUGCAGAGCUGCGAGGACGUCCUGAGUCUGUACGUUCUGAUCUGGAUCCUGACUCUCCUAAACCUGCUGGCCUUCAUCCUCGCAAUUCUGACCACUGCUGUACUGGGUAGCAUCAAAGACCUGAAGAGUGCGGGUUCCUCUCUUCCUCUCUCAUACGACAGCAGCAUUGUCUCCUCCCCCACCGCCCCCCUGCUCACGGACCACCACGCCCACACCACACAGCAGCUCUACCCGGCUUCACUCUAUGUGCGUCCAGCAGCUUCAGGAGCAUCAGCGGCCGAUUCUCAGAGUGGACAUCCGGAGAACCAAAAGCACAUGGAACCAAACCCACCCCCGUUCGCCCCGCUCUACAACCUGCUGCCCUAAAACACUAAAGUUUACCGCUGCUUUAUAAACACUAACACUGCACAGACGCACCAGAUCCAGAAAACGUCCUCAGCGCCUCACAGAGCAAACAGACUGCAUUUAAACGACCCGCGCCAAUCAGAGAGUCUGGACCCCUUCACAGCACCCGAUCACAAAUAUCAGAUGUUUGGGGCGUCAUCAGCGACUGGGUUCUGCCUCACACAGCAGGAUUUAUUGUUUAUCCAGAUAACUUUAAGCUCAGUUCAAUCUGACUCUGAAUUUCCUGUCUCACAGUGGUGGAUCACGUUUUACCAGAAUACAUCACCAUGGCAACUAUUGCUGCACCAAGUUCAGGAUUACAUAUCAUAAACAGCUUUAACUAAUCAGGGCUGAACUUCUGACCAAUUAGCAACAGCCCUCUGACCAAUUAGGUACAGGCUUCUGACCAAUCAGGGACAGCCCUCUGACUUAUCAGGGACAGCCUUCUGACCAAUCAGGGACAGCCCUCUGACUAAUCAGGAAUAGCCCUCUAACUAAUCAGGAACAGCCUACUGACCCAUCAAGGACAGCCUUCUGACCAGUCAGGGACAGCCCUCUGACCAAUCAGGCCCAGCCUUCUGACCAGUCAGGGACAGCCCUCUGGCCAAUCAGGGACAGCCGUCUCAACAAUCUCUUCUGACUAAUCAGAUAUACUAAGAUGUGUUUAUUGCAGUGCCGUUGUUCCACCAUCCCAGAAUCAGCGAACAGCUCUCCAUCUGUGAGCGCUGACUGACCUGCCUGAUGCAGGACGUAUUUUUGAGCCUCUGACUGCAGUUUUCUGUCUUCAGGCUGAUGGAAAAUCACUGAUUUUGACUUUAGAUCUGAUGUGAACAUUUAACUGGCCGUUAGCACCAAUUUUCCCCAAUUAACAAUCAGCGCUAUCUACAAAUUAGCAUCAGUGACAGAUUCCUGCUGCUGUUUCUUGUGAGAAUAAUAGACCACGAGUGUUUCCAGGUCAAAUUUCUGUAAAUCUGAAAGCAGCUCAGAUUCAGACUCAGCCCAAUUACAGAAACUCUGCAGAUAAACGAGGCUCGCCCAGCAUGCAGACCGCUGAGUUUAUGACCAAACAGAUGUAUAAACAUCUCCGUCACCAUCACGGCAGAGAAAUAAACGAUCAGGGCUGCAUGGUAACGUGUUUUACGAGCACUGACUGCUCAAACCUGCUCCAGCCAGCUGGCAGGAUCAAAAAGAGAAACAGUAACAGUAAGAAUGACAAUCCAUCACGGCUAAACGUGUCUGUAUGAUUUGGAAAGAGUGACCGAGCUGUAAAACCGAGCUGCCAGCUUUAGAUUAGAGGUGUUGAGAGACCUGCAGGAAGUUUCAGCUGCUUUGAUCUUCUUCAUCAUCUUCAUCAUCUGCAGCUCUAUUGUCCAGUUCUAAGUGUUUAUUUGCUCGUUAGUGUAACAAACUGUCAGUAACAGAAGUGAAGCCUUCACAGAUGGAAUGUAAAUCUGUGUACAUAACCUGUAAAUAAUUUCUCUUUCUGUUUUAUAUUUUUAUGACUUCUACACUUUAGAGUGAGUAAGACUUUCCUACAUCCUGAGAAAGACGCAUUUUAUACCACAGUGUAUUUACAAUUAAACUCU